GCCCUGUGUAUGCUGCUGCUUUGCCAAACUCUGUUACCGCUGCCCGUACCCGCUCCGCCGCAAGCUAUUCCAGGUUAUGAAAACCGGUCUGGCAUACAUGCAAACUUCAGUCCCCUGGCCUGCAGUACCUAGGGAGAGACUCUGCUAUGACCCCACACACAAUUCAGGAUGUUGACAGAUGGCCUUGGGUUAUGCGUUUGAUUGGAUUGUAACAGUCAAGGUUAUCCCUGUGAAUCACAAGCAGUUGCCAUGUUGCAGGUGAGAGAGGUCAUGGGGCCAUGGGCAGCUCCAGGGUUGGGGUCAUUCUCUUCAGACUUCGUCAUGUUCUCUCUGCUCUUCCUCCUCCUCUCCAUCAUCCUCGCCCUCUGCACUAACUGUAGAAGGCAUUCCUUUACACUCCGGGAUGGUGGUGAGGAGGUGGACAGAACCCAGUCACAGCUGGUCAGAGUGGUGAAGCUAGAGGAUGCCCUGGCCGCCAGGGAGAAUCCAAUGAUCAAUGACAUCAGAAAAGAUGAGAGUGAUUUCAGUCCCAGACCUGAGGACAGUGUCAUUGGAGUCCCAGAGCAGCCUCCUGCUGAUCAGGAUGUCACCUGGUUGAAACCCUGGAGGAGCCACAGGGAGGCACCUGAUCAAGGUGAUUCUCCAAGUGCCUUGCAGAUUGCCAACAGAACCCCCCUGGCCAUGACGGUUAUAUCUCCUUCGCCUCCCACAACCGUCGACAUUGGUGACCUGAGUGAUGUCCUGAACUUCACACCUGAGCUCCACUUUAUCCCAGCCCCCGUUGCCAUAGUGGAAGUCGACACCCGCCUUGAAUCUUUAUUCCCACCUGUCUAUUCAGAGGACACCCUAGAUGCCACCAUCGUGAGCAGCUUUGAACCUGUUGAUGUCCCCAUAAUGAGCAGCUUUAACCCUGUUGCUGUCCCCAUCCUUGAACCUCUGGUUGUCCCCAUCGUGAGCAAUUUUGAACCUGUGGAAGCCCCCAUCGUGGAUCUCCCCAUCAUGGAUGUCACCAUUGUGAACAGCCUUGAACCUCUGCAAGCCCCAAUCGUGGAUGCACCCAUCGUGAGCAGCCUUGAACCUGUUGAACAUGCGGAUGCCACUGUCAUUAAUGACCUUGAUAUCCUGAAUGCUCCAGUUGGCUUAGAGAACCUGGAUGCCCCAGUCAUCAACAGUCUUGACACACUGGUGCUGGACGCCCUCAUUGUAAACAGCCUUGAACCUGUGGACAUCCCUGUCAUCAAUGACCUUGGAACUCCAGAUCCUCCAAUCGUAAAUAUUCUUUACACCCUGGAGCUGGAUGCUCCCAUCAUAGAUGUCACCAUCGUGGACAGCCUUGCACCUAUGGAAUUCCCCACCAUGAAUGACAUUGACCUCCUGAAGGCCCCUGCGGAGUUCAGCUCCAGCUUUAACCCUCAGCUUGACGUAGAGGUUAAUGUGGAGGGUGAGGGCCAGAACCAGGGGCUUUCUCUCUAUGUCGGACCCCAGCAUACCUAUGAGAUCAUUGGGGAGCCCAAUCCUAAUGAACACUCUGUGGAAGUGGACCUGGCAACAGCAAGCUCUCAAACCAUAGCUGAACUGGUCAAUAAAUCCACCACACAUUCUGACAAUGACACAACCACAGUCACUGAGCCAGCGGACCUGGCAGGCCCCGGCUACGAGACUAUAGCUGAACUGGUCCAGGAUUUGAGUGCAACCACACUGCCUGAUGAUGACCCUAUCACAACCACAGUCACAGAGCCAGGGGAUCUGAUAACCCCUGAGUAUGAAACCAUAGCUGAACUGGUCCAUAAAUUGAGUGCAACCACACUGCCUGACGAUGAGCCAAUAACAACCACAGUCACAGAGCCAGAAGGGCUUGACCUUACAAGCCCUCUCUCAUUGGUAGAGGAGGGUUUCUGUGACAGGGGGUGGAAUCCAAUGUACGCUAGAGUGAGAAGGAAGCUUAGUAAAAGUACCACCCCACCCCCUGUGCUUCCAUCGGAGAAUGAGGAACCGGAGGGAUUUUCACCUCCAUUACCAGAGAGAAGUGGAGAGAUGGAGGGAUGAUCAUCGUGAAUAUCUCAUAAGACUUCAAAUGUGUGUUACGUCAUCAAUUAUAUUUAUAUAGACUCAGCUGUGUCAUUUCUAGAUGUAACAUGACUCAGAUGAUGAAGAUAAGGGUUGUACCCAGUCCACAGCUUAAACAAUCUCAUAUGAGACAGGUAUCUCACUGUCCUAUCCUUCACACUAUUUCCAGUCCUUUCAUUAGCUUAGCAUUAAACUCUGUACAAUGCUAUGCUACAUAUUCCAUAAGGAAGGACCCUAAGCCCAGAGUAGAACUGGGUCACCUAACAUGUUCCAGAGUAGGCUUUAUGUUUGUAUUUACUAACACAUUACAGGGUGAAGUGGCAAUUACGCAGUAAUAAACCAUUGCGUUACUA